GAGCAGUCUGGUGACGCAGGACUGCAGCUAUGAACUACCCACUAACCCUGGACACGGACUUCAGCACCUAUAACAACCUGGAGGACCUGUACAGGGAAUGGGCCAUCUACAAUAGCAGCACGGAGAUCCCCUCACAGGAAAGUCAGUUCUGUUCCACAGUGGAGGGACCCCUCCUGACCUCCUUCAAGGCGAUCUUCAUGCCUGUGGCCUACAGCCUCAUCUUCCUCCUGGGGAUGAUGGGAAACAUCCUGGUGCUCGUGAUCCUGGAGCGGCACCGGCACACUCGAAGCUCGACGGAGACCUUCCUGUUCCACCUGGCGGUAGCUGACCUCCUCCUGGUCUUUAUCCUGCCUUUUGCAGUGGCUGAGGGCUCUGUGGGCUGGGUCCUAGGGACGGUGCUCUGCAAAGUUGUGAUCGCGCUGCACAAAAUCAAUUUCUACUGCAGCAGCCUGCUGCUGGCCUGCAUAGCCGUAGACCGUUACCUGGCCAUCGUCCACGCUGUCCACGCCUACCGCCGCCGCCGCCUCUUCUCCAUCCACAUCACCUGCGCCACCAUUUGGCUGGCCGGCUUCCUGUUUGCCUUGCCAGAAGUCCUCUUUGCCAAGGUCGGCCAACCUCAUAACAAUGACUCCCUGCCACAGUGCACCUUCUCUCAAGAGAAUGAAGCUGAAACCAAAGCCUGGUUCACCUCCCGCUUCCUCUACCACAUUGGGGGCUUCCUGCUACCAAUGCUGGUGAUGGGCUGGUGUUACGUGGGAGUGAUACACAGACUCUGUCAGGCCCAGCGGCGCCCUCAGCGGCAGAAAGCAGUCAGGGUGGCCAUCCUAGUGACAAGUAUUUUCUUUCUUUGCUGGUCACCUUACCACGUUGUCAUUUUCCUAGACACACUGGAGAGACUGAAGGCUGUGGACAGCAGCUGUGAACUGAGUGGCUAUCUCUCUGUGGCCAUCACCGUGUGUGAAUUCCUGGGCCUGGCCCACUGCUGUCUCAAUCCCAUGCUCUACACUUUCGCUGGUGUCAAGUUCCGCAGUGACUUGUCUCGGCUUCUGACGAAGUUGGGCUGUGCUGGCCCAGCCUCCCUUUGCCAAGUUUUCCCCAGCUGGCGCAAGAGCAGUCUCUCUGAGUCAGAGAACGCCACCUCCCUCACCACCUUCUAGAUGCCAGAACUCCCAUAACCCCCUUUCCGUUUCUGUUUGCCUUGGUAGCCUGGAGUGAUGCUAGAAACCCAGUCAACAAAACCCGGGGUUCUAAGAGCUUGUUUGGGCCAUGUCCCCAGAGGGGACAGCUAGAGAACUCUCUCUAGAAUGUCCCUAAACUCUUUUGCCAGCCCUCAGGCUAACCAAGAGCCCUGGGAGGCAAAAGCAGCCCAAAGGCAGACCAAGGGCUCUCUGGACUGCCUGCAUCACCUUGGCUAAGAGCACUCCACAUACCUCUCAUCCUAACCAGCCAAAUGUGAGACUCAGCUUUACUUCUCCCCGGCCAUAGGGAAAACCACUCGGCCGGUGGCGCCUACAGUCUCAUCUCCCUCUGGUCAUGGACCCCAGGAUCUCCUCCCACAAUGCACUCCAUCAUCUAAAAGUUUGCCGCAUGCCACAGCUCCCCACCACUUCUGUUCCACCGAGGAAUAGCCAGCUGGCAGCAGAGCAUGCCCUUACCGUGCCUGUCUCCAAAACACAAGCUUUGUGCCAGCCCUUCAACCCUGCUGUUCUCUUGAGCAAACAGGAAACUGAGACUGAUCUACUUUAGGCAGCUGUCUCGCUCCAACCAAACCAGCAUCGGGUCUGCCCCAUGUUACUGGAUCUUGGACUACAGACCAAGGACAGACUCCAGAAGGCCCCGGAGACUAGCCAGUGUCCUAAGAAGAGGAGAGGACAAGCCAGCAGGCAAGCAGUCCAGUGGAGAAAUGGAAAGACACUUUGUCUCCAGGCGCCAAAGAGGAGCAAGUAAAACUGAAACCCAGCUGUCUUCUCUGCCCAGAGACCAAAGCUUCCCGACUGUGAGGGAGAUAAGAUCCAGGGCCCUAGUGGAUUCUGGGCACUGAUGGGGAAGGAGGCCAACUUCUCUCUCCUGCUGCAAUCCUCAGGACCCGUGGAAACUGAAAUAGCAAAGGGGUUCUAGCCUCAGAAGAGGGGGCGUUUAGCUAAGAAAAUGAAGACUGACCGGGCCUGGUGGCACAUACCUUUAAUUCCAGCACUCAGAAGACAGAGGCAGGCGGAUCUCUGUGAGUUUGAGGUCUACAAAGUGAGUUCCAAGACAGUUAGGGCUGUUAUACAGACAAACCCUGUCUCAAAAUAAAUAAAUAAAUAAAUAGAUAGAUAAAUAAAUAGAUAAAUAAAUGAAUAAAAUGGGGGGAAAAGAAAAUGGAAACAGAUCCUUGUCUUCUAAGGCGGGAGAGAGAGGGGGGCAGGGGAGGGCAGUGUGAGAAGCCAAGCGGAGCAGGGAAGUCCCCGAGCCCCAGGAAGGAGGUGCCGUGCCCCUGGGAGGGUACUACUCAAAUGGAACCAGAGGAAGCUGCUCCACACCUGCUUAGGGGAAGCCUAGCAGGCAAUUCUGAGCUCCUCUUCCUCCAGGCCACUGAUUUAGGAGGGAAGAGGGGGUUGGGGGAAGCUGGGUUACCGGGUACCACUCAAGCCAGUCAGACAAGCUCUCUGGGGAACCCCACUAGGGAAAUCAGUUCUAUAGUUGCAGAGACUGUACCCUCACUGCAAACUGGAGACAUCUUGGGAUUCCCUUUUCUGUUCCCAGAAUCUGACAGCCAGUUCGGCAGCAGAGAAACCAGACACAGAAACAAAAAGGCAAGAGUUUACAUUUUUGAAUUUUCUUUUUAAUAAAAAGGCACCUAUAAAACAGGUCAAUACAGUACAGGCAGCACAGAGACCCCCAGAGCAAGCCUAAAAAGUGUUUCAAAAUAAAAACCAAGAAGAUGUCUUCACAUAUUGUAUUUAUAUAUUUAUAUUUAUAUAUAUAUAUUUAUAUAAUGGUACAAAAUGGCUGGGGUAUGGCCAUGGAUGGAGAGAAGGCUGGCCUGUGGAGAUCACCUUGGGAAGCUAGUGGUAGAGGUGGGAGACAAGGACACCAGAAGGGGACAAUGGGCCCUUUGUGGCCUGCGCUCUCUCCUCAGAGCAGGGCAAUUAGACCAUUUGGAUAGGCUAGGAACGUGGGUGGGGGGCACAAAGGCCCAGAUGGAAGCAGGGAGGGCAGAGUGUCUGGCAGGAAGGAGGACAGGUUUCCACCCACCUCUCGACAGAGACCUUGGCUCUGGUCCCUGGGAGGGGCGAGGGAAGCCAGGGGCCUGCAGCCAGCUCUGGAGGGGAGCGGUGCCUGACCCGGCUGACAAUGGACAGCACCAGACUGGGAGAAGUGGACACAAAUUCCCUUUGUAUUACAGCUGCCAAGGCAAAACCAGGCCCUGCAGGUCAGGAAGGCUGGGGACAGGGUCCCGGUAAAAGACACCCUGUCUAGAAUGGCCCUUAGCCCUGGAGGCAGGGCAGGAAGGCCUUGGCCAAGGAGCUGCCCGCCACCUUAAAGGCAGGAAAGAGGAAAGGAGAAGUAUUUUACUCCUGGGGCCACGGGAGAUAAAACACCCAUUCCUGUAUGGCUUCAGUCUGACCAGCAGUGGGUGAGGGGCUCUCCUGGGAAGUAACAGGGAGGCAGUGGCUGUGCCUAGGCAGGCAGAGACAGAUCUGGUACAUGGCCCUAAACCCUGGGCAGAAAGACCUUGCCAGAGUGGACAGGCAGCAGGAUGGUCUCCCCGACACUGCCUUUCCUCACUCCAUGCUAGGGGUGGAGGCUGGAGGGAGACUGACUGACUCAGCCAAACUCUGUCCCUUCCUUCUUUGGUGAGAAGCAAGUGGUGGUUUCUAGAAGAGUCUGUGCCCUGUGGGGUUACCUGGCCCGAGGCCACUGAAGUCAUAGGCCGCAGUCACACGUGUUAACCCCUCCAUAGCUCCAGUCAGAGGGGCCACACCUGCCCAGAGGACAAAGGGCUUCAAGUUCUGGCUAAGGUGUAGCAGCAGAGGCACCCGGGCAGGGGCCCUAUGUCACUGGUG